AUGGCUGUCCUAGGCGCACUACUUUGGAUUGCCGUAGGCGUUUUGCUCCUAGUGCGCUUUUAUCUCCACAACAUCAAACGUCCUCCCAACUAUCCACCGGGACCACCACGGGUGCCGGUACUAGGAGAUUAUGCGCUGUUGCUACUCAUAAACGCGCGCCACCUGCAAAGGGCAGCCAACAAAUUGGCCGCGUACUAUCGCACCAAAGUACUCGGUCUAUCGAUCGCCGGCGUUCCAACGAUCGUUGUGAAUGAUCUAUCGCUAGCGCGUGAGAUCCUGAAUCGAAGGCAGUUCGAUGGACGGCCAGAUCUGUUUUUGGCACGAAUGCGCGAAAAGCACUUCAACCGCCGAGGAAUCUUCUUCACCGAUGGCCCGGCUUGGAAGGAUCAGCGGUGGUUCUUUCUGCGCCACCUUCGAGACUACGGGUUCGGCCGACGAUCGGAGCAGUACGAGCUGGAGAUGGAGGGUGAGCUGUUGCAGCUGAUCGAUGUGCUACAGUACGGUAAGCGGUACGAUUAUGAAGCCGAUUUGAUGGCUGCCGAUGGAUUCGUUAAAUGCCCGGACGUGUUCUUCGUCACUCUUGCCAACGCAUUUCUGCAGAUUCUGUUAGGCGAACGGUAUCCACGUGACAAAGCCUCACCACUGAUCAAUGCCGCUCGCAGUGGGCUUUUGUUCUUACAGAAUGGCGACGAUUAUGGUACACUGUACAGCUACUUUCCCUGGACGCGGUUCAUCUAUCCAUUCUCGAAAAAGUAUCAUAAGAUUCGCGAUGGAAUGAUGGGACUGUGCCGGUUUGUCGAAACGCUCCUGAUGAGACAGCAGCACAACUUCGAUCCAGAUCAUCCGCGGCAUUUCGUCGAUCUUUAUCUGCGAGAAAUGCAACGGCAUGUACCGUCGGAGCGAACCUUCACCUUUCAACACGAUCAGCUGGUGGAGGUGGCACGCAUCCAGCAUGAGAUCGAUGAUGUCGUUGGUCACGGUAGGCUACCGUCGCUAAGCGACCGUGCAAACCUUCCCUACACCGAAGCCACUCUACGGGAGAGCUUGCGUAUCGAUACGCUCAUCCCAUCCGGGAUCGUGCACAGGACAAUGGAAAACACCACAUUCCAAGGGUACAACAUCGAACAAAACACCCUGAUCCUGAUUGGACUCGAGCGAAUCAACAACCAGCCGGAGGAGUGGGGAGAUCCGGAAAUCUUUCGCCCCGCACGCUUCCUGGACGAGACCGGAAGGCUUGUGCUGGCGAAGGAUCGUUCACUACCGUUCGGAUCGGGCAAGCGUUUGUGUGCCGGUGAAACAUUUGCCCGCAACACCAUGUUCCUGAUCGUGGCCACUGUACUGCAGCAUUUCAAUUUGCGCCAACGUACCUCCGAUCGGUUGCCGAAUAUUUCCCAGCGCAGCAGCGCCUUCAUCGUUUCGCCCGAGGACUUUUGGAUUCGAUUUGAGCCACGAUAA